CUCGGGGAAGGGGCCGUCACUACCCCGUAUUUUCGUAAAAAGCCUGUCAUUACGUUGAAGAAUGGCCACGGUGCUAGGACGUGUGUUUGUUUACGGUGGCAAGGGGGCCCUGGGCUCGGCCUGUGUCGCAAAAUUCAAGUCCCAGAAUUGGUGGGUCGGAAGCAUUGAUAUGAAAGCUAAUGACGCUGCUGACGCGAAUGUUAUCGUGAAGGGUGAGCAUAGCUGGAAGGAGCAGGAAGCGCAUAUACUGGAUCAAGUUAAGGAGAUUCUGAAUGGCGAGAAGGUGGAUGGGGUUAUCUGCGUCGCUGGCGGGUGGGCCGGGGGUAAUGCCGCCAGCAAGGACUUCUUAAAGAAUACGGAGCUUAUGUGGAAGCAGAGUGUCUGGAGUUCCACGAUUGCCGCUAGCAUUGCAGCUCAUUAUUUGAAGGAAGGAGGGUUCUUGUCGUUGACUGGGGCUAAGGCUGCGUUGGAGGGAACUCCUGGGAUGAUUGGGUAUGGAAUGGCCAAGGCUGCAGUCCACCAAUUGACCAAGUCCCUAGCAGCUAAAGACAGCGGUCUCCCAGAGAACUCACUAGUCACUGCGAUCCUCCCUGUGACCCUCGACACCCCCAUGAACAGAAAGUGGAUGCCUAAAGCUGAUACCUCCACGUGGACCCCUCUUGAUUUCAUAUCCGACCUCUUCUGGAAGUGGUCUCAGAACGAAGAGCGCCCAAAGAGUGGAGAACUCCUCCAACUGAUAACCAAGGACAACAAAACCGAGAUCACAUCCGCCUAAGAACACCCGCAAUAAAGAGGCAACAAUAUGGCUAGUCCACAUGACAUGACAUUUAUUGAAAACAUAAAAAAUACAGUAACUCUAUUACAAAUUUACAAAAAUUCAUUCAGUUUCACCCGUAUCAAUGAAUUGCCGUUGGAGUUACUCAUGUUUGUUUUUUUUUCAACAUUUUUUAUGAGAAGUUGGGAAGAAGGCAGUUACGUUUGUACGUGAUACUCAGUUCUUUCAUAAAGUUUUUUUAUGCAUUUUGUACAGUACGAAAAGUCCUAUGAAGUUGUGUAUUAAAAAUUGGUUCAAUACA